GAAGAGAAGAGGUCUAGUUCCGGACGCGGCGACUACCGCCGCCAUCUGUCACCUUAAUUCCGGCUCCCAGUGCCGGUCGCUGCUACUCUUCCCGUCUCGGCGGGAUCCGCUUCGCGUCUUGACACCUCGCUGCUCUGUUCUUGUCUCCGCCUUCUUCCCCCAAUGGAUCUGGUGGGAGUAGCAUCCCCUGACCCUAGGCCGGCAGCGGCCUGGCGACCCAGCAAGUGUCCGUGGGCUACUCCUCAAAAGACAAUGUCCUGCUCCUUGUCUGAUGUAAUGAGCGAACAGUUGGCUAAAGAACUGCAAUUAGAAGAAGAAGCUGCUGCUUUUCCUGAAGUCGACGUUGCUGAAGGACCAUUUAUUUCGGGGGAAAAUGUUGACACGUCCAGUGACCUGAUGCUGGCUCAGAUGCUGCAGAUGGAGUUUGACAGAGAGUACGAUGCCCAGCUGAGGCGUGAAGAAAAGAAAUUCAACGGCGACAGCAAAGUUUCCAUUUCCUUUGAAAAUUACCGAAAAGUGCAUCCUUUUGAAGACAGCGACAGCUCUGAAGACGAGGUUGACUGGCAGGACACUCGCGACGACCCCUACCGGCCAGCAAAACCAGUUCCCACUCCCAAAAAGGGUUUUAUCGGAAAAGGAAAAGACAUCACCACCAAACACGACGAAGUGGUGUGCGGGAGGAAGAACACAGCAAGAAUGGAGAACUUUGCACCUGGGUUUCAGGUAGGAGAUGGGAUUGGAAUGGACUUAAAACUGUCAAACCAUGUCUUCAACGCUUUGAAACAACACGCCUACUCGGAGGAGCGCCGGAGCGCCCGCCUGCACGAGAAGAAGGAGCACUCCACAGCGGAAAAAGCAGUUGACCCUAAGACACGCUUGCUCAUGUAUAAAAUGGUCAACUCGGGGAUGCUGGAGACGAUCACUGGCUGCAUUAGCACAGGGAAGGAGUCGGUUGUCUUUCAUGCGUAUGGAGGGAGCAUGGAGGAUGGAAGGGAAGACGUUAAAGCUAUUCCUACAGAAUGUGCCAUCAAGGUAUUUAAAACAACCCUUAAUGAGUUUAAGAAUCGUGACAAAUACAUUAAAGAUGAUUUCAGGUUUAAAGAUCGCUUCAGUAAACUAAAUCCUCGUAAGAUCAUCCGCAUGUGGGCAGAAAAAGAAAUGCACAAUCUCACAAGAAUGCAGAAAGCUGGAAUUCCUUGCCCGACAGUUGUACUGCUCAAGAAACACAUUUUAGUUAUGUCUUUCAUUGGCCACGAUCAAGUUCCAGCACCAAAAUUAAAAGAAGUAAAGCUCAGUAGUGAAGAAAUGAAAGAAGCCUACUAUCAAACUCUUCAGCUGAUGCAGCAGUUGUAUCACGAGUGCACACUGGUGCACGCCGACCUCAGCGAGUACAACAUGCUGUGGCACGCCGGAAAGGUCUGGCUGAUCGACGUCAGUCAGUCGGUGGAGCCGACCCACCCUCACGGCUUGGAGUUCCUGUUCCGGGACUGCAGGAACGUCUCCCAGUUUUUCCAGAAGGGAGGCGUGAAGGAAGCCCUCGGUGAGCGGGAGCUUUUCAAUGCUGUUUCGGGCUUGAACAUCUCGGCAGAUAAUGAAGCGGAUUUCUUAGCCGAGAUAGAAGCUUUGGAGAAAAUGAACGAAGAUCACGUGCAGAAGAACGGGAGGAAAGCGGCUGCGUUUCUGAAGGAUGACGGCGGCCCGCCCCCGCAGUGCGCCGAGUAGCGCCCGCCCCGCCCUGGCGGCGCAGCGGCCUUGGCAGCUGCCGCAGCCAACAAAGCCGCGGGCGCCCCGGGGUCCCCAGGGCAGAGGAGCGGACCAUGGUGCUCCCGAGCGCUUCUCCAUCGUAACCCAUGUGCCAGAUGUGCGGAACUUUUAGCUUGGCAUUAAGAGAAUAAAAUGUCACUACCUCUCAUCUUACGAACAGGAUAAUAGAGUUCUUUAACAGCUGUAGGGCAUCAGGCGGAGGGAGACUGAGUUGUACAUGCCUGUGCGUUGCGACGCAGAUGGUAAAACCGGAUCUAAACAUGCCAGGAAAGGUCGGGUGUGUUUACAAGGGAGGCUUGGCCACAGCGCCUUCACUUUCUUCACCUCCUUGUUUUGUGUUGCACCUUUCCUCAAAUACUUUAUCAGCCACAAAUUAGCCCUCCGCGAUUAUCUUUCGAGACUGACCGUGAUUCUCAAGGAACACGUCUCCUUGGGUGGUGAAAUUUGGCUUCAGGUUGUGGGUGGAGGUGGACGUGCAAAAUGGUGCAUCAUGAAAAUGAACGAAAUUUUUAAUUCUUUUCAUGCUCGUGUCUAAGUAAAACCAUCAUGGCUUUUGGAAGAAGUGUGUGAGAACUUACCUAGCCAAAUUUUAAAAUUUCUCUUUCAGCUUUUCUAUUUCCAGGCUAAAAGGUUAGGCUGCACCCCGAGAUGUUAUGCUCUGCAUUAUAAUUAAAGUGUAAAUUAUGUGGGAAGACACAAUACAAGACCUCAUUAUACUUUAAUGCAGUGAAACGUUUCAGUUUACAGUUCACUAAAGCUAUAUACUUAUUGAUUGAUUUUGAGAGAGGUAGAACAAAUUAAUUAGAGAUAUGAAAAAGUAUGUAUCAAACAACUUGGGCGCCACAUUGACCAACGCAUGUGAACUGUCUGGCCUCAUUUCGAAUAUUCUUAGCCCUCGUUGGACAGUUCUUUUUGCAAAGCAAGCGCUGUGUUGGAGAAGCACAUUGCUUCUUCUAGGAUGGACAUUCACAACUGCCAUGUAAUCACUGUCCAGUUCCCGAGGCCAGCUUGCAGCCCCUGAAGACCCAGACAUUCUGGUAGUAGAAAGUAAAAAUCUAGACAUGACUUACAUUUGAAAGCUUCUCUGUUAACAUUAUUUUAAAAUGCCAAAUACGUUCUUCCUAGAAAAAUAUUUAUUUGUUGUUUCUAUUAUCGCUUUUAAUCCCUUUCAGAAGAGUGUGAUUUUGGAUAGAACCAUUACUUUUUGGAAAUGUUUAUUAUUCUGAAACAGAUUUACAUGACUGGUAAUUAUUGACAGAAAUUUCAGAGAACUAAUUUUUAACACUUUUUUGUUUUGUUUUCUCACACACUGACACAAAGCAGCAAAGCAGUGCUUGGAGUGUGCUGUGAACAUGACUUUUAAGAAAUUAAAAAUGCAGAGAUCAUUUUA